AUGGGGGUGGGGUCGGGUCGCAGUUUCCUCGCCGGCCGAAGGGCGGGCGUGUCCGGCGCGCCGGACCGUGGGGCCGUCUCCGUUUGGGCGCCGCGAGGCCGCGGCCUCCGGGCUGAGGUCACCGGGCCAGGCGUCCUGCAGCGGCCCCUCGGGCGACGGUGCCCGGACACGCCACGGUCGCGCGAUGGGAGGGCCGGGAGCGGGCAGUUGCCGCUACCCCGGGGCUGGGAGGAGGCCAGGGACUACGACGGCAAGGUCUUCUACAUCGACCACAACACCCGGAGGACCAGCUGGAUCGACCCCCGGGACAGGUUGACGAAGCCCUUGUCGUUUGCUGACUGUGUUGGGGAUGAGCUGCCGUGGGGCUGGGAAGCCGGGUUCGACCCCCAGAUUGGCGUCUACUACAUCGACCACAUCAACAAAACCACACAGAUUGAAGACCCCAGGAAGCAAUGGAGGGGGGAGCAGGAGAAGAUGCUCAAGGACUACCUCUCGGUGGCUCAGGACGCCCUGCGGACGCAGAAGGAGCUGUACCACGUGAAGGAGCAGAGGCUGGCCCUGGCCCUCGAUGAAUACGUGCGAUUGAACGACGCCUAUAAGGAGAAGUCAAGCUCCCACACAAGCUUGUUCUCAGGAUCCUCCUCGAGUACUAAGUACGAUCCUGACAUUUUGAAAGCGGAGAUCUCCACCACGCGAUUGAGGGUUAAAAAGCUGAAGCGGGAGCUCUCGCAGAUGAAGCAGGAGCUGCUCUAUAAGGAACAAGGCUUCGAGACUCUGCAGCAAAUUGAUAAAAAAAUGUCUGGAGGCCAGAGUGGCUAUGAGCUUAGUGAGGCCAAAGCCAUUCUCACAGAACUGAAAUCCAUCAGAAAGGCCAUCAGCUCAGGAGAGAAGGAGAAGCAGGACCUGAUGCAGAGCCUGGCUAAGCUGCAGGAGCGGUUUCACCUGGGCCAGAGCAUCGGCAGGUCGGAGCCAGACCUGAGGGCCAGUCCCGCGAACUCUCACCUCUCCCUCUCCAGACAGACCCUGGACGCCGGGUCCCAGACCAGCAUUUCCGGGGAGAUUCAUGGACUUUUUGUGAGAAGCAGAUCCAAUUUAGCUGAAAAGGUCAGGCUGAGUCUACAGUAUGAAGAAGCCAAAAGAAGCAUGGCCAACCUGAAAAUUGAGCUGUCGAAACUGGACAGUGAAGCCUGGCCCGGGGCGCUGGAUGUUGAGAAGGAGAAGCUGAUGCUGAUUCAUGAGAAAGAAGAACUUCUGAAGGAGCUCCAGUUCGUCACUCCGCAAAAACGCACCCGAGACGAGCUGGAGCGCCUGGAGGCCGACCGCCAGCGGCUGGAGGCGGAGCUGCUGUCCGUGCGGGGCGCCCCCAGCCGGGCGCUGGCCGAGAGAUUGAAACUGGAAGAGCGAAGGAAGGAGCUGCUCCAGAAACUCGAAGAAACGACCAAAUUAACUACUUAUCUGCACUCAGAGCUGAAAAGCCUCUCCGCCAGCACCCUGUCCAUGUCGUCCGGGAGCAGCCUGGGCUCCCUGGCCUCCAGCCGGGGGUCCCUGAACACCUCCAGCAGGGGCUCGCUCAACUCCCUCAGCUCCAGCGAGCUCUACUACACCAGCCCGGGCGACCAGCUCGACGUGGACUAUCAGUAUAAACUGGACUUCCUCCUGCAAGAAAAGGGCGGUUACGUCCCUUCCGGGCCCAUCACCACCAUCCAUGAGAACGAAGUGGUCAAGUCCCCCAGCCAGCCCGGCCAGAGCGGUCCCUGCGGGGCGGCCGCCGCGGGCCCUGCGCCCCCGCCGACCGAGGCCCCCAAGUCUGUGACGUCCCUGUCCUCGCGGUCCUCCCUGUCCUCCCUGUCCCCUCCCGGCUCCCCCCUGGUGCUGGAAGGCACCUUCCCCAUGUCUUCCCACGACGUCCCUCUCCACCGGUUCACCGCCGACUUCGACGACUGCGACGUGAGCAGCCACUUCGCAGACAUGGGCCUCGGCGACAGUCAGAUCCUGCUGGACACUGACGCCGGAGGCGCGUCCCAGGCCCUGUUAGAGGACAAAGACCUGCGCGAAGGCGCCAGGGAGCCGUUCUACGAAGGCGCCGCAGACGUGGAAAAGGCGGCCCCCAAAAGGAGAGGCGCGCACUUGCUCGGGGAGAGGAUGGCGUGCGUGUCGGCGGCCGUGUCGGACGAGUCGGUGGCGGGAGACAGCGGCGUCUAUGAAGGCUUCGUGAAACAACCCAGUGAAGUAGGAGACGUUGCCUACGGUGAAGAGGAUGCUGGUGUCGUCAUGGAGACGGCGCAGGUGCAGAUCGGGCUCAGAUACGAUGCGAAAAGGGCCAGUUUCAUGGUGAUUAUAGCACAACUCCGGAAUCUCCAUGCCUUCCUGAUACCUCAUACUUCAAAAGUGUAUUUCAGGGUUGCUCUGCUCCCCUCCUCCACGGACGUCAGCUGUCUGUUUCGAACAAAGGUGCACCCGGCCACGGAACCCCUUCUGUUCAGUGACAUGUUCCGAGUGGCCAUCUCGCAGGCGGCCUUGCAGCAGAAGACGCUGCGCGUGGACCUGUGCUGCGCCCGCGCACACCGCGAGGAGGAGUGCCUGGCUGGAACUCAGAUCAGUCUGGCCGAUUUGCCGUUUUCCAAUGAGAUUUUCACUCUGUGGUAUAAUCUGCUUCCUUCUAAGCAAAUGCCCUCUAAAACGAAUGAAGAAGAACACGAGGAUUCAGUAUUCCAACCAAACCAGCCACUGGUGGAGCCCAUAGACCUGGAUGCAGUGUCAGCCUUACUCGCAAGAACAUCGGCGGAGCUGCUGGCCGUGGAACAAGAAUUAGCACAAGAAGAAGAAGAACCGGGGCCGGGAGAGGAGCAAAGGGGUCCAGAUGGAGACUGGUUGGCGAUGCUGAGAGAGGCCUCUGACGAAGUGGUGGCUGAGGAAGAGGCCGACAUGGCAUUGCCCGGGGACAGCAGGCGAAUGGGAGACCUAAGCUCAUGCCCGAGUGUGCCCGAGACAGCUGAAGACACGAGGAGGGGAGGAAACAGCUGUGCCAACAGCCCUGGCAGCCAGCCCCCUCCGGGAAUGCCCACCCUGGUUGAUAAGGAGACAAACACAGAGGAGGCCGAGGACGCCGGCCUGGCGGUUCGGCCCAAAGAGCACAGCGGGCUGAGCGCGCGGCAGCGCCCCCUGGUGAGGAGCAGCGUGAUCGUGCGCUCGCAGACCUUCUCGCCCGGGGAGCGCAGCCAGUACAUCUGCCGGUUAAAUCGCAGUGACAGUGACAGCUCAACCCUGGCUAAAAAGUCUCUGUUUGUGAGAAACUCCACUGAGCGGCGCAGUUUGAGGGUCAAAAGGGCGGUUUGCCAGCCCGUCCUCCGAAGAGCGGCCCAGGAGUGCCCGGUGCGCACGUCCCUGGACCUGGAGCUGGACCUGCAGGCCUCGCUCACCCGCCAGAGCCGCCUCAACGACGAGCUGCAGGCGCUGCGGGACCUGCGGCAGAGGCUGGAGGAGCUGAAGGCCCAGGGGCAGACGGACCUCCCGCCCGGCGUGCUGGAGGACGACCGCUUCCAGAGGCUGCUGCGCGAGGCCGAGAAGCAGGCUGAGCAGUCCAAAGAGGAGCAGAAGCAAGACCUGAACGCGGAGAAACUGCUGAGGCAGGUCUCCAAGGACGUGUGUCGGCUGCGGGAGCAGAGCCGCAAGGUGCCUCGGCAGGUGCAGUCCUUCAGGGAGAAGAUCGCCUACUUCACCCGAGCGAAGAUAAGCAUCCCGUCGCUGCCGGCCGACGACGUGUGACGCGUCCUGCAGAAAUGGGUGUCUCCCCGGCCCCUUAGGGAGGAAGAGACUGAGCACUGUGGUGGGUCUGUCGGGGGGAGGGUGUGUAACUGUCAACUCUCAAAGAGCUGUUAUUUCUCAUCAGAAUUUCGACAUGCUAAUUUGUAAAGGACUUGGAAUAUAAUUCUUAUAUAAAAA